AUGGGCUCUAUGCCAACGGACCAACCCGUGGCCCCGCCGCCCUCGACAACGACAUACAAUAUCGCAUCCAUCCCCGCCGACGGCAUCGGCCCGGAAGUCAUCACCGCGGGCAUCCAGGUGCUGAACACGCUCUCGCGCGCCUUCUCAUCCCGCUUCUCCUUCAACUUCACGCACUUUGACUGGUCGAGCGACACGUACCUAGCCACAGGCCGCUACAUCCCCGAGGGCGGCCUGGACAGGCUGCGCACCUUCCACGCCAUCUUGUUCGGGGCGGUCGGCGACCUGCGCGUGCCGGACCACAUCUCCCUGUGGGGAUUGAGACUGGCGAUCUGCCAACCCUUCCAACAGUACGCGAACGUGCGACCCUCACGCGUCCUCCGCGGCGUGACAUCUCCGCUGGCGGCGUGCCAGGGCUCGGCCGCCAACGCCAAGAAGCUCGACUGGGUCAUCAUCCGCGAGAACAGCGAGGGCGAGUACGCGGGUCAAGGGGGAAGGUCGCACGUCGGCCACCCGUGGGAAGUGGGCACCGAGGUCAGCGUCUUCACGCGCCACGGAUGCGAGCGCCUGCUGCGGUUCGCGUACGAGACGGCGCGGUCGCGACCCCGGCGCAAGCUGACUUUGGUGACCAAAUCCAACGCCCAGCGUAAUGGUAUGGUGCUGUGGGACGAGGUCAACGCCCUUGUCGCGCGCGACUAUCCGGACGUCGAGGCCGACAAGAUGCUCGUCGACGCCAUGACGUGUCGGAUGGCGCUGCAGCCGGAGACGAUCGACACGGUCGUGGCCACGAACCUGCAUGCCGAUAUCCUGUCGGACCUGGCGGCCGCGCUGGCGGGAAGUAUCGGCAUUGCCCCGACGAGCAAUUUGGAUCCCACGCGCCAGAACCCUAGCAUGUUUGAGCCGAUCCACGGGUCCGCGUGGGAUAUUGCGGGCAAGGGCGUCGCGAACCCGGUGGGCACGUUCUGGUCGUGUGCCGAGAUGGUGCGCUGGCUGGGCCAGCCCGAGGCGGCGGAUCUGUUGAUGGAGGUCGUGGAAACGGUGCUGGACCAGGGGGUCAAGACGAGGGAUCUCGGUGGGCAGGCUGGCACGGAGGAGGUCACGAAUAAGGUGUGCGAGGAGAUCUUGAGGUUGGGAAGUGAGAGGCAGGGUGUUGUCAAGGGUCAGGAGACGCAGUAG